AUGCAUAACAAAGUGGGAGCCGCAUGGGUAAUCUUCCAAGAUAGUCAGGAAAUACACAAAGAAAGGACACGUCUAAACAAUGACACAACAGUAUUUCAAGCAGAAGUCCACGCCCUCAGAAGCGCGCUGCUCUGGGCCGGACAGAACGCAAGUUCCUCCACCAGGGUUGCAUUCUUCACGGAUAGCCUGAGCCCAUUACACAGCCUUAACAGUGGCAAAAUCUCAAAGAGAAGUAUACAAAGUCUAAGAGAGAUAAUUAAUACGCUCAUAUCAACACACAAAGUGUCCCUUAAUUGGGUUAAAGCCCACCAAGGGACGCUGGGUAAUGAAAGAGCGGAUGAAGAGGCUAAGAAGGCGACAGACAAAGAAGUAGUAGACGUACACGUUCCUCUCUCAGAGAAAGUAGCAAAGAACAGACUACACAAAGAAGCUCUAAUUCAAUGGCAGGAAAGGUGGGACGAGGGUACAACAGGUCGGAUGACAUAUAAAAUUUUCCCUAAAGUCUCAACAACAAGAUUAAAGAGCAACGAUUACGAAAAUCAAGCAUUGAGUAAUCACGGCAACUUCCCAUCUUAUAUAGUAAGAUUCCACAAAAAGAAAGUAAGAUGUGCCUGCGGCACUAGCGGAAGCAUCGCGGACGCAGCUCAUUACAUAAAGACCUGCCCUUUAACAGCGCCAGACAGAAAACGUCUGUUCCCGCCCUCUCUCUCCUCCUUAGAGACGGAACACUUGGAAAAAUACCCAAUAGAAAUUAAAGGAAUAAGAGAGAUCAUUAAGAAAGUCACGGAUCAAGACACCCAUCACCAUUUCAUAGAGUUUUUGUAG